AUGUCUUCAGUAAUGCAUUACUAUCCAAUGCACCAAUCAUCAUCCAAGGUGUCGGUAUACCAAACACCAGUGGUUAAUUACAACAAUAUGGUCUAUCCACCAAAUCAACAAAUAUACCCAACACCCAUGGAACAAGCAUAUCAUCAGCCUAUUGCUCAAACUACGAAUAACGAUGUUGAAAUGCAACGUAAUUCGUCGGACGAAAGCAUACCGCAAGCGGAACCAGUACGCACUAAAUUGAAACGCUCCCGCACGGCCUUUACCAGUUCCCAACUUGUACAGCUGGAAAGUGAAUUCAAACGGAAUAUGUAUUUAUAUCGUACUCGUCGAAUUGAAAUUGCCCAGCGGUUAUCACUUUGUGAGAGACAAGUUAAAAUUUGGUUUCAAAAUCGUCGCAUGAAAUAUAAGAAAGAUAUACAAGGUCCGCAAGAAACCAAAACAGCUACCAAAGCCACCCAGCCUAUGACAGAACAAAAUGUUCAUAAGGGCAUUGUGCAGCGUUUGAUGUCGUAUUCUCAAGAUCCCUCAUUGCAAUCGGCUGAGAAACGUACUCAUAGCACUGCUUUUCCAAGCGCUGCUGCUACUACUUCAAAUCACGCUAAAGUUCAUCAUGCUGAAGUUAAUUUUCCCAAGGAAAUGCCUGUUGCAAAAAUAACUCCCAGUCCAAAUCAAUCAUUUACACCAGAUCUAAAUGAAAUAUUAGAUCAUCUUUCGGAAAGUUCUCCAACAAGUAGUCAAAACACUUCUUCAUCUUCCCUAAAUACAUCCAGCUAUUCUUCAUACAAUUUGGACAUGGUUUUACAAUCGAUUAAACAAGAUUUAGAACAAUCAGCUCAGGCUUGGUCAAGGGGUUCCCAACGCACACAAUGGACUCCAAAUGUUCCCAGUGCUACGCCUACACCAUCUAUGAAUUUGACUUGGGGUGAACCAGUUGCUAAAUCUAUGAAAGUAAAUCGUGCUCAUUUGAAUCCCACUGGAAUGUACUAUAACUACAGUAACUAA